AUGGCCGAGCAGGUGCCUGUUGCUCUUUCUAGGACCUCGGCAAAAGCGCCGCCUAAGAAGACCAAGAAGGUGGGCUCCGGGGCGGCCAAGGCGCGCAAGCCGGCGGGCCCCAGCGUGACGGAGCUGCUGACCCAGGCAGUGUCGGCCUCCAAGGAGCGCAGCGGCGUCUCGCUGGCCGCGCUCAAGAAGUCCCUGGCGGCCGCCGGCUACGACGUGGAGAAGAACAACAGCCGCAUCAAGCUGGGCCUCAAGAGCCUGGUGACCAAGGGCACGCUGGUGCAGACCAAGGGCACGGGCGCCUCGGGCUCUUUCAAGCUCAACAAGAAGCAGGCCGAGGCCAAGGACAAGGCGGCCGCCAAGAAGAAGCCGGCCCCGGCGGCCGGCGCGGCCAAGAGCAAGAAGCCCGCCGCCAAGAAGGUCAAGCGGGCGGCCAAGAAGCCCCCCAGAGUGAAAGUGACCAAGCCCAAGAAAACGGCCAAGAGCCCCGCCAAGGCCUCCCAGCCGCGGGCUAAAGCCAAGCCGGAGGUCUCCAGAGGGAAGCGCCUUCCUAAGAAGCAGUGA